GCCAAUAUUUCAGCUGUAGAUUCGCACACUCAAAAUUCCAGAGAAUGGAAGCUGGAGAUUAUUUUCUUCUGCUGACUAAUUCUUUUAUGUAUUUUGGAGAAGCGUUCUUGUUGUUGGGUAUCAACUUUCGAAAAUCAUAUGCUGGUGUCUCCUUUCAAACGCAAGUCCUCCACUUGAUAGCGGCUUUGUCAAAUAUUUUGAGUCUAUUUGAAGCUCCCAUUAAACUGGAAUUAGUAGUUUUCAUCGCAUUAUGUCAUUCGUUGAUAUCGGUAUUUCCAAUUUUCAUAUUUUAUCGGUACUACAGUACAUACCAGAACCAGCAUGACACGAUAAUUCCUUAUGUACUAUUUCCAUCAACUUACAUUCUUGCUGGCUUCACUUCAGAGGAUGACUAUUUUAAGGAGGUUGGCAGACUCCUCAACGUGUGUCUGCCAUUAGUGGCAGAUUUACCACAAAUCUUUAUGUCUGCACAUCUUCAACAGCUCCCCACCCACGUCUUGUAUUACUUCAUAGGCGUGUUCCUUUCGAAAGUCAGCACUGUAAUAUACGCGAUAAACAACCACCUACUCCAAAACGGAUACUUUUUGGCUACUCUAGUUGAUCUCGUAUUUUUUGUAGCUGCUUUAGUUUUUCUGUCUUUGUGUGGCGUGGAGAUUGUGAAGUCGGUGAAGAUCCAUCAAGAAGAUAAUGCUGAGAGGAAAGUAGUCUACGUAUCGGGAAAAGGAGGAGAAGAUAGCAGUUUAAUGCUCGAGGAACAGGAAACUAGGGUGUAA